AACGCUAAAGCCAUUCAUUAUAUCAACGAAGCGCCACUGGCCAUUCUCAUUUUCCGAAAAACACAUUUGUUUCUUCUCCCCUUCUUUCAUCUUGUUUUAUGGGCUUCAGACUUUGUUGUACGGUCUGAGAUUCUUCUUCCUCGCUUUUUGAGAAAGCAGAAGGAGAAGAACAUCGCAGAAAGAAAGAACAAGCAGCAGGAGAUCUCAAAACCAAACCCCUAUCGUCCGCCAACCAGGAUGUCGCAGUCGCGCAGCUGCUCGCAGUGCGGCAACAACGGGCACAACUCCCGUACCUGCUCCGAAGCUGUGGCCGCUUCUGAAUCCACCGGUGGAUUCAUGCUGUUCGGUGUUCGAGUCAUCGAGGGCUCGAUCCGUAAGACCGUCAGCAUGAACAAUCUCUCGCAGUACGAACAACCCCAAGAGCCCAACUCCGACGUUAACGCCGGCUACGCCUCCGAUGACGUCUGCCACGCCUCCGCUGGAAACCGCGAGCGCAAGAGAGGGGUUCCGUGGACCGAAGAGGAACACAGGCUUUUCCUAGUAGGCCUGCAGAAAGUAGGAAAAGGAGAUUGGAGAGGUAUUUCUAGAAACUUCGUCAAGACUCGUACGCCUACUCAGGUAGCUAGCCAUGCUCAGAAGUACUUCCUUCGUCGAAACAACCUCAAUCGGAGACGCCGCCGAUCUAGUCUCUUCGACAUCACCACCGAUACGUUUAUGGGAUUGCCGAUCGAAGAAGAAACUGUUCACCAGGAGACCGCAACUCAGCCACCGGCGCCGGUGAACUGUAACAUAGCAUAUCCGGUGCCGGCUUUUCCGGUGACGCUCAGUCCCGUAGUAUUGCCCGGUAGUGGCGAGAACCCUGCAGAGAGCCUGACGCUGGUACAAAGCGAUCUAACUCGUGCGCCAACGAAACUCGUGCGCCCGAUACCUGUACUGCCGAUCCCACCUGCAUCGAGAAUGGCUAAUCUUAACUUGAACCAACAGUCUUCAAUGGAUCCGUCGCCGUUGUCGCUUAAACUCUUCACCCCGUCAUCCGAUCAACAGCCAUCGUCGAGACACUCAGCUUUUCAGUCCAUGUCGAAUUUCAGCGCCGGCGAGCUGGAUUCCAACGGUGGAAGCAUUAUUAGUGUUGCCUGAGAAUAAAAAAUUCUAUCUUUGUAGAGGAAAACGAGAUUUAGUUGGGACUAGAUUUUAGAUUAGAUUUGGACUCGAGAAGAUAAGGUGAUUCCUUGUUUGUACAGGUUAGAGAGAGUCCAUAAAGAGAUGCCUUGUUGUGGUAGUGGACUGUAGGGGGGGGGUUUAUUCUUGUUUAUUUUGUCAUCUUCUGUCAAAGAAUUCUGAUUUCUAUGUUUUACUGUCUGGUUCUGUAUGGAUGGAUGGGGGGUAGUAGGUAACUCUAGUUGUAGUUACGUUUCUACAAUGAAUGGGUUGCAUGUUGCUUUGCUGUCUAAAGAUUUGCAUGAAACAACUCAAAUAAGGGUUGCAUUUAUAGCUCCCCUGCAACUGUUUUUUCUUUGGUAAGCAACCUAUUUAGUUUUACUUGUUAAGCGCUGGAGAAUGGAGAUUGAUUCACGUA